AUGCUGCCCACCUCCUGCUAUACGGCAUCCACAUCUAUCCAAGAUAAUGAGCAACUGGUCAACACAUUGCUCGGAUGUCCGGAUUAUUUGCGUGGCAAUAAUCCGCUGGUUGGCAAUGCCGUCGGAGCUGUGAAUAUGAUGGAUGGAGGAGCAUUGGCAUGUGCUGGUUUCCCCUCGGCAUUCUAUUACCAGGGCAUGGAUAAUUUGCUGGCACUGCAGAACAAUAUCUGGACAUUGCCCAUCUCAUUCCUGCACAACAAUCAUCGACCGGAGAAGCCGCCCUUCUCCUACAUAGCCCUGAUUGCCAUGGCCAUCAGCAGUGCUCCCAGCCAGAGAUUAACGCUCAGCGGCAUCUACAAGUUCAUCAUGGAUAAGUUUCCGUAUUAUCGUGAAAAUAAACAGGGCUGGCAGAAUUCCAUUCGGCACAAUUUGUCGCUCAACGAUUGCUUUGUGAAGGUGGCGCGGGACAAGAAUACCAUUGAGGAUAAUGAUAGCGCUGGCAAGGGCAGCUAUUGGAUGCUGGACGCAUCCGCCACAGACAUGUUCGAGCAGGGCAACUAUCGCCGCCGUCGCACCAGGCGGAGGCACUGCAUCAGCAGCUCAACUCGCUACGACAGGGAAACGGGCAAGGAUUCCAUGGGUAGCAAUGAAGGCGAGCUAAGAUCCACCAGUGAAUCCCUGCCCGACUUUGAUAUAUUUUGCAGUGAUAAUGCAGCGGGAGCCGCUGCACUCCGGCCCAACUAUUCGGAUCGGAUUACGGAGCUGCAUCGUCAGUAUUUAUCGGUUUCCUUUGGUUUCAACAAUCUGUUCAACAACAAGCCACGUUUUGCCAGUGGAGAUGCCCCCACAGCUUCCAGUAGAGCAGACAGUCCCUGCUCCAGUCGAACAGCUCUAAGUGCUGCAGAAGAUCCACAUUCCCCGAGCGCUUUCAGUACGCCGCCACUCGCUGGAGUUGGGUCAGAGUCCGAGUUGAGCUCGGCUGCCGCUGGGACAUGCAACAGAUCAAAGCAAACAACGCUCUUCACAAUUGACAACAUAAUUGGGAAACAGUGA